CCUCCGCCGUCGCCCGGUUCGGGAGGCACCGGAAGCAGCCGGAGCCUCUUCAUGGUGCCCGCCACGAGCGCCGGCCCCCGGGCCGGGGUGCGGCGGUGCGCGGGCGUAGCCCUGGGGCGCGCGCCUUGGAGCUGGGGCACGGCCCUGCUCUGGCUGGUGGCCGCGGUGGCAGCGACAGCAGGCAGCCGCUCCCUGCGCCGGUGGCCGGUGCCCUACAAACGCUUUUCUUUCCGUCCAGAACCAGAUCCAUAUUGUCAAGCAAAAUACACUUUCUGUCCCACAGGCUCCCCCAUUCCAGUAAUGAAGAAUGAUGACGUCAUUGAAGUCUUCCGGUUACAAGCCCCAGUGUGGGAAUUUAAAUAUGGAGACCUCCUGGGACACUUGAAAAUUAUGCAUGAUGCCAUUGGAUUCAGAAGCACUUUAACUGACAAGAACUACACCAUGGAAUGGUAUGAACUUUUCCAACUUGGAAACUGCACGUUUCCCCAUCUCCGACCUGAAAUGAAUGCCCCUUUCUGGUGUAAUCAAGGAGCUGCCUGCUUUUUUGAAGGAAUCGAUGACAAUCACUGGAAGGAAAAUGGGACAUUAGUGCUAGUUGCAACCAUAUCAGGAAACAUGUUUAACAAAAUGGCACAGUGGGUAAAACAGGACAAUGAAACAGGGAUUUAUUAUGAAACAUGGACUGUUCAAGCCAGCCCAGAAAAGGGGGCAGAGACAUGGUUUGAAUCCUACGACUGUUCCAAAUUUGUAUUAAGGACAUACAAGAAGUUGGCUGAACUUGGGGCAGAAUUCAAGAAGACAGAAACCAACUAUACAAGAAUAUUUCUUUACAGUGGAGAACCUACUUAUUUGGGAAAUGAAACAUCUGUUUUUGGGCCAACAGGAAACAAGACUCUUGCUUUAGCCAUAAAAAGAUUUUAUUACCCUUUUAAACCAUAUUUGUCAACCAAAGAGUUUCUGUUGAGCCUCUUGCAAAUUUUUGAUGCAGUGAUUAUACAUAGACAGUUUUAUUUGUUUUAUAAUUUUGAAUACUGGUUUUUACCUAUGAAAUUUCCUUUUAUUAAAAUAACAUACGAAGAAAUCCCUUUACCUCAAAGAAACAAAACAUACUUUGGUUUAUAAAACCUUUACUGCUUUUUUUCUACCAUGGAGUGGUUUUACAUGUGUGGAUUUCUUAGGCCUCUCUUCUUUGAGGCAGAGAGGUAAAAUACACAUGGGCAGAGUUAGCACAUAAUAACCUCUCAGGAAUUUUUUUUGGAAAGAAGCUUUAAACUCUUCUGUUUUGGCCAAAGUGAGUCCAUUAGGUGAUCUUGAUUCUUGAUUUCAAUUUUCAGCCUUUGUUAUUAUGGAGCAUUAUAGUUCAUACCGGGUAUAUAAGAUGUUUGGACUCAAUUGAAAAUUAUAGAUAGGGUAUUCCAGGGCUUUUAAAUUACUAUCAGUGACAUUUUCAUGGUGGGAGCUUUUUUUCCUGUAUGGUAGUUACGCUUUCUUAUUUUGGUACUUUUUGGUAGUUUUAGUUGACUUUACAGGCUUUGUAAAUUUUGGAACCAGGUCUAAUAGUUUAAUUUUGUUCUGUACACUUUUUUAAGUGACUUUUAUUUUUUCCAUUAUAGCUGGCUUAUAGGGUUUUGUCACUUUUCUACUGUACAGCAAAGUGACCCAGUCACACAUCCGAGUACAUUUUUUCUCACAUUAUUCUCCAUCAUAAGUGACUACAUAUAGUUCCCAGUGCUAUACAGCAGGAAUGUAUCCUUAAAGAGUAGUUUGGACAUCAUAGCUGGAGUGGUUAUGCUGCCAGAUGUGGUGAAUACAGUGAUAAAGAGUAUAGGUUUCUGGCUAGCAUUUUAGACCUAGCCGGUAACUGGCAUGUUACCAUUUCUGAACCUUAGCCUAGUUUCCUUAUCUCGAAAAUGACUCACCUGUUAGGAUUACGGUAAAGAUUGAAGCCAUUGUAGUUUGGCCUCAUAAUGUCACAAUAAAUGGUAACAGUGAUUAAUCAAAGAAAAAAACUGCCAGUUUUGAUCUUGCCUAAGGUGGUUUAUGUGCCAGCCCUCCCUGGUUUUGUAAUAAUGACCUAGACUUUGAGCGGGCGGACAGUGCCGCUGCAGCUCUUUAGACGGGACGUGGAAGUACGUGACUGCAGAUACGUCUGGCUGAACGGGCGCCCCGUGCUCCUCCACUGCUUCACGCAGUCCUCCUGACGCCCACUCGAGCUGCCCACAGUGGAAGAGAGUACACUUGCUAGAGAGAGGGCACGUUCUCAUUGAGGAUUUCUAAGUAGCUGUGCUUCUGUUCAGACCAUCAAACAAGGCUUCAAGGUCGAGUGUUUACUGAUCACCUCAACGCAUUGUUUCAUGAAAAAAAUACCAGUCAGUAAAAUGAUGAUCAGAGGAAAACAGCCUGUAUUUAAUAUGUACAUGUACCACUUCUAUUGUUUCUACCCACAUUUGGGUGCUUCCUAAGAGGCGAGUACUUUAUCAUUGAACUCUCAAAAAAGGCCUAAGCAUAGAUCUUACUUACCUGAUUCAAAUGAGUGAACUGAGGCUUAGACAGAUUGUGCGGCCUUUCCUCAGCUACCCAGCUAGUGGGAACGGAGCCACAUUUUGUCCGGUUCUGCUGACUGAAUGGGAUGCAUUAUCAUGUAGGCAUUUCAGCGCUGCUCAGAGUUUUGUGGUCCUCAGACCAGUGCCUGGACCAUAUGUUACGAAUACCUUAUGUUACUGGUCUGUGAGGAGACAAGUACUUCUAAAGCAAUUUGAGACUAAUUUUGUUUCUGUUGAAUCUAAUAAAAAAAAAAAAAAAACUGGGGCUUGUACCUUGUCUUUGCUUUUA